UAUUUGGUGUUUCACGACGCCGUAACGCGGCACGGGCACCGCGGCUGGCUUGGCUCUUUAAAUCCGCCACCCAACCCUCGAUCGUCUCUCGCACGCGUCUCACGCGUCUCUUCUGCUGCUCUCUCCCCUUCUUGCUCCCUUCGGCGCCGCCUUACGCUGUGCCGCCGCUGCUGAUCUCUUCGAGGUUUGAUUUGUUCGACAGGGCGAGACAUUCGAUCAAAGAUCAAAUCUUUUUGUCCGAGAGCACACAUGGAGGAGGGUGCUGGAGUUCUAAAGGUUAUUGUCUCUAAAGGAAAGAGUUUGGCGAUCAGGGACUUCACUAGCAGUGAUCCUUAUGUUGUGGUCAAACUAGGAAAGCAGACUGCAAAGACAAAGGUUAUCAAUUCUUGCCUCAAUCCUGUUUGGAAUGAAGAGCUAUCAUUCUCAGUAAAAGAGCCUCUUGGUGUAUUAAAACUGGAAGUUUUUGAUCGGGACAGAUUUAAAUUUGAUGACAAGAUGGGCCAUGCCUUCCUCAAUCUUCAGCCCCUAACCUCUGCUUUGAAGCUAAAAAGAGCACUGCAGCUCACCACCGGUGAGACCAAGUUGAGGAAGGUGGCUCCAGACAGCGAUAAUUGCCUCUUGGCUGAUAGCUUUAUUACAUACGCGAAUGGUGAAAUCAUAAUGGAUGUACGUCUGAGGCUUUGUGACGUCGAGUCUGGUGAGGUAUUUGUGACGGUUAAGUGGAUUGAUCACCCGACUACACCAAUUCAUGUUAGAAAACGUUAGGUUGCUGCUUCAUGUCGGAAAAUGGUAGGUUGCUGUAAGAUGUAUGUUGUAACUUGAUGCUUUUUGCUAUGAAAUGGAAGGAAUAUUCUGUAACAGUAAA